AUGGCCUCUGGGCAAGGACCGGGCCCGCCCACGCAGGGCUGUGAAGAGGCUGCCCUGGCCGCCGCUUCCGAGGAGCAGGUGGCCCGGGACGCCGAGGAGGUUUUCCGCAGCUACGUUUUUUACCGCCAUCAGCAGGAGCAGGAAGCUGAGGCGGCGGCCCCCGCUGACCCAGAGAUGGUCACCUUGUCCCCAGAGCCUGACAGCACCUUGGGGCAGGUGGGUCGGCAGCUCGCCAUCAUCGGGGACGACAUCAACCAGCGCUACGACUCCGAGUUCCACACCAUGCUGCAGCACCUGCAGCCGACCCCGGAGAACGCCUACCAGUACUUCACCAAGAUCGCCUCCAGCCUGUUUGAGAGCGGCAUCAACUGGGGCCGGGUGGUGGCUCUCCUGGGCUUCGGCUACCGCCUGGCCCUCUACGUCUACCAGCGAGGCCUGACCGGCUUCCUGGGCCAGGUGACCCGCUUCGUGGCCGACUUCAUCCUGCAUCACUGCAUCGCCCGGUGGAUCGCGCAGCGGGGCGGCUGGGUGGCAGCCCUGGACCUGGGCAACGGCCCCAUCCGGAACGUGCUGGUGGUCCUGGCCGUGGUUCUGUUGGGCCAGUUUGUGGUACGAAGAUUCUUCCAGUCAUGA